GCUGUCUUACACGGACAGAUUUCCGCAAGAACCGGAAGUGACGUUUGGAUGAAACUUGCUGGUAACCGGUCGAUGAAGUUAACUGACAAACUAACGGAGAGAUGUUUGUGAUUGUUUGUUAGUUUGUUUUGUUUCUCGGUGUAAACAUGGCAGCUAAACGUAAAGCUGACGUCACGGUUCCUGCGGAGGAAAGCGACCAGCUGCUGAUCCGCCCGCUCGGAGCUGGUCAGGAAGUGGGACGAUCCUGCAUCAUCCUGGAGUUUAAGGGCAGAAAGAUCAUGCUGGACUGUGGGAUCCAUCCUGGGCUGGAUGGGAUGGAUGCGCUGCCCUACAUCGAUCUGAUCGAUCCGGCUGAGAUCGACCUGCUGCUCAUCAGCCAUUUCCAUCUGGACCACUGUGGAGCUCUGCCCUGGUUCCUGCAGAAGACCAGCUUCAAAGGACGGACCUUCAUGACGCACGCCACCAAGGCCAUCUACCGCUGGCUGCUGUCGGACUACGUUAAAGUCAGCAACAUCUCCGCUGACGACAUGCUCUACACGGAGACCGACCUGGAGGACAGCAUGGAGAAGAUCGAGACCAUCAACUUCCACGAGGUGAAGGAGGUGGCGGGCAUCAAGUUCUGGUGUUACCACGCGGGUCACGUCCUCGGAGCUGCCAUGUUCAUGAUCGAGAUCGCCGGGGUCAAACUGCUGUACACCGGAGACUUCUCCAGACAGGAGGACCGACACCUGAUGGCAGCAGAGAUCCCGAGCGUGAAGCCUGACAUCCUCAUCACCGAGUCGACGUACGGGACUCACAUCCACGAGAAGCGGGAGGAGAGGGAAGCGCGGUUCUGUAACACCGUGCACGACAUCGUUAACCGGGAAGGUCGCUGUCUGAUCCCCGUCUUCGCUUUGGGCCGAGCUCAGGAGCUGCUGCUGAUCCUCGACGAGUAUUGGCAGAACCAUCCGGAGCUCCACGACAUUCCCAUCUACUACGCCUCGUCUCUGGCCAGGAAGUGCAUGGCCGUCUACCAGACCUACAUCAACGCCAUGAAUGACAAGAUCCGUAAAGCCAUCAACGUCAACAACCCGUUCGUCUUCAAGCACAUCAGCAACCUGAAGAGCAUGGACCACUUUGACGACAUCGGGCCCAGCGUGGUGAUGGCGUCUCCUGGGAUGAUGCAGAGCGGCCUGUCCAGGGAGCUGUUUGAGAGCUGGUGCACCGACCGGAGGAACGGCGUCAUCAUCGCUGGAUACUGUGUGGAGGGAACGCUAGCCAAGCACAUCAUGACGGAACCAGAGGAGAUCGUCACCAUGUCGGGUCAGAAGCUUCCUCUGAAGAUGUCGGUGGACUACAUCUCCUUCUCCGCUCACACCGACUAUCAGCAGACCAGCGAGUUCAUCAGAGCGCUCAAACCUCCUCAUGUGAUUCUGGUCCACGGCGAGCAGAACGAGAUGGCCCGGCUGAAGGCGGCUCUGAUCCGCGAGUAUGAAGACAACGACGAGGUCCACAUCGAGGUCCACAACCCGAGGAACACGGAAGCCGUCACGCUGAACUUCAGAGGAGAGAAACUGGCGAAGGUGAUGGGCUCGCUCGCUGACAGGAAGUGCGCUCAGGGUCAGAAGGUGUCCGGGAUUCUGGUCAAGAGGGACUUCAACUACCACAUCCUGACGCCGUCCGACCUGUCGAACUACACAGAUCUGUCGGUCGGUACCGUGACUCAGAACCAGGCCAUCCCGUUCACCGGACCCAUCUCCCUGCUGGUCAGUCAGCUGAAGAACCUGGCAGGUGAUGUGCAGCAGGUGGAGGGGACGGAGAAGAUCACGGUGAAGAUCUUCCAGAGCAUCACUCUGGUCCACGAACCCGGGAUGGUUCUGCUGGAGUGGAUCGCCGGUCCGCUCAACGACAUGUACGCCGACGCCGUCUCCACCGUGAUCCUGGAGGUCCAGUCCAACCCCAACAAUCAGAAGUUCCUGGAGGGCAAGAGGGAGAUCUUUGACAUGGAGGUGUUUGUGGAGCGUCUGGAGCUCAUGCUGCAUGACAUGUUCGGGGACGACUGCGUGAAUUUCAGCGACAGUAAAAACUUGUGUGUGACGGUGGGAGGAGCUACAGCGAACAUCGACCCAGAAACCAGAGUGGUGACGUGCCAGGACGACGAGACUCUAAGGGAGAUGGUAGAAGUCGCCGUCCAUCGGCUCUACGAUGCCCUCACGCCCGCCUUCUGACAAGCCACGCCCACUUUGUCACAAACACAACUCCAGAUGAUUAUUUUUUGUUGUUGUAAUAAUUUACAUCAUUUUUCAAGAAAACUUUUUGUAAGUAAAUAAAAUUUGUUCUGAUGGA